AUGAGCGUCUUCGAGGCGCGCAGUAAGCGCGCCAAUGUCGACGACGAGUCCUUCAACCUCGACAUCAACAGCCUCGACAUCGGAGGUCUUGCCAUUGCAUCAUCUAUCGCAUCAACCUCAAGUCCCGCGACCCGGAACAAGUACUCUCCCACUACCUCAGCAAAGAGAAGGAGACUGGACAAAGAUGCGACAGCUCCUCCAGAGCCGAAAUCGAGUUCCACUCCUCGACGACGACGGGUCAGGUCUCGGCCUAUAGAGCCACCGAUCGAACUGCCUACUCUACCGAGCGAGCCGAUGGAAGAGGAUGGCGAAGAUGACGGCCCUACACCUAAGGCCAGUAGGACAUAUCGAGUGCCAAUGUCUAUAAGUUCGGUACGGACAGCCGGUCUAUCGGUUGAAGAAGCUCAGGACGAGCUUGAAGCCUUGCCUCCACACCCUAGUGCAAGAUCACCCGUACCUAUGCGAUCACCUACCUCGGCACACAAAUCCGAUCUAAUCAUGGAAGAGGUUUCAGAAUCUCCUGCUGAUGCGCCUGGAAGUGGAAAGCGACGUCGGGUACCUAUGAGCGAGACGCUCAGCUCAACUGUGAAGUUAAUGGGUGUGUUAUCAUCAGAUGACGGGAUUCCUAUGCCCUCGUCCCCCCUUAAGAAUAAGGCGCGACGUCGCAGUGGUGCAGCUACAGCUCGAUCCUCGCAGAGAUCAGCUGGAAGAGUAUAUGGUGGUCGUGAUACGAGGCACUUGGCGGAUGAACUGUCGUCAGAUAACUUGCCUCAAUUAGCAGGGAUAGAGGAGGAAGAGGAAUUUGUGGAAAUAGAGGCUGAGGCCGCUACCGAUUUGGUUAUUGAAGAGAGCACUUUGGCACAAGAUGAGGACGAACAAGAGGAGCAAGAGGAAGACCAAGAGAACUCUGAUGGCAUUGAUGUGGAAGAAGUGGCAAGAAUUUUAAAGAGGGGAAACGCGAGAGUACCACGGGAACCAUCUCCAGAGCUGGGAUCCCAGGAAUUGGAGGAUGCAGGAGAAAUAGAAGAGGAGGAAUUAGAGCCUGAGCUUGAACCAGAGCCCGAAUCGGAGCGAGAAUCGGAACCCGAACCCGAGCCAGAGGAGGAACCCGAGCCAGAUGUAGAGGAAGCAACUGAGGCCGAAGAAGAGGAAGAAGAGGUGACAGUCCUGCCAACACCUCCUAAGAGGAAACGCGGACGGCCCAGCAAGAGCCCGGCUACUCAAAGACAACCUGCUGCCAAGUCGAAACCCGUUAAACCGAGGAAACGCGUUGAAGCACAGCCACGGGAUGCCAGCGAAGAACACGAAGAACCGCAACCUAAGAAGGCCAGGGCGAAGAAGAGACAUAGCGACCAGAGCGAGGGCGAUGGCGGGACAAUUGAAAUCACUGUCCAACGAUUUGUUAACCGCAAGAAACGUGGCCAUGAGGAUGACGAUAUAGAUCCUCUACAGAAUGAGAUGGCAUUCGUCAACCACGGAGGAGAAAGCGUCAUUGAUGUCUUUGCUCAGGUCUGCGACGAGGUGAUUUCCUCAACAUUGGAGCAGCUCCAGGAGGUGGCCGGUAACGCAGAGGAUCCAGCGAAAAAGAAGGAGUAUCGCAUCAAAACGCGAGCCAUUGAGGCUUACCGAGAGGAGCUCAAAUCUCGGUUCCUUCAACACGCUAUUCACUUAAAUCACUGGCAUUCGUUGCGAAAGCGGGUUCGACACGUACAGAAAGAGAGAAUGGCUUUGCGCGAGGAGAUUAUGCGUAUCAAAGCCGAGCGAGAGCAGGUUGCUCUUCGAAUGGAUGCUAUCAGAAUCAAACACGAGGCCGAUUCUAGAGAGUCAAAGUAUUGUCUCGACGCAUCUUCUCUUAUGCACGAUGUAGACCUUGCUGUGGAACAGGGCAGGGAGGCGCCCGAGCUUUCGCAAGCCGCACAAAGGGAAGCCGAGCUGGCUAAUCUCGAGCUGCUUGUAUCCCGCGUAUCGGAGCAAGCCAGCUCGUCGAGCUUCACAGGCGGGAUGCUCAAACAGGUCAAGGAGUUCAAUUCAUUCUUAGAGCGGGCUGCUAUGGCACUUGAAUCACGAUGA